UUUCUUUAUCAGAAACGCGAUUGCACUGCCAUAUUUGGGCCUCGGCAACCCCAAAUCGACAAAAAGAAACAUCAGCUUCAACCCAUUAGAAACACAGCAUUCGACGUACGGUAACCAUUCGAGAUGACAUAGCGCAGCUCCAGGGUCAUAAACAAAAACAAUCCCGCCCACCAGUCCUAUCCAUCAAUUGUUCUGCGUCACCGAGAUGGACGCCAUUUUGAUCGCAGCGUCGAGCCGCUGCGAAGAGCUGCGGACGCCGGGCCCGAUCAAUCUGAUUGUGUCCAUAUUCAUCCUCGUUGGGAUGCUCAUUUCCUACCUCCCUCAACACUAUCGAAUCAUCUCCCGUGGCACAUCUGAAGGAAUUUCGCCCUACUUCGUAUUACUCGGUGUCACUUCGGCUACAUCGGGCUUUGCGAAUAUCCUCACGUUGCCCCAGUCGAGACAGGACGUGACUUGCUGCAAGGAUUUGGAUACUUUCCAUUGCCUAGCUGGCCUGUUGGGUAUUGCGCAGUUGGGAGUGCAGUGGAUAUGUUUCGCCAUAAUUCUCGUCCUCUUCCUUGUUUUCUUUCGAUACGGCGAUGCCACGAUACCCGACGAAGAAGAGUUGCCGGGUGAAGCUCAGCCCAAAUGGCAGACUGCCGUCAUGGUAGCGGUUGUGUGCUUUCUGCAUGGGCUCGCGGUCAUUGUCAUUACCGCAGUGGUUGGAUACAUAUUCCCUGAUCAUCUUUCCGCCUGGGCCAAUACAUUGGGAAUCAUGGCGGCGGUCCUGGCUGGGAUACAAUAUAUACCCCAGAUUUGGACGACUUAUCAUCUCAAGCACGUCGGGAGUCUGAGCAUACCAAUGAUGUGCAUCCAAACUCCGGGAGGGUACUUGUUUGCAGGGAGCCUGUUUGCCCGUCUGGGAUGGGGAGGCUGGAGCUCCUGGGGUAUUUUCCUCCUCACAGCAACCAUGCAAGGGGUAUUGCUUUGCAUGGGCAUCUACUAUGAGAUCAGCAGAGGCAAAGCGAAGGCUCUCGCAGAAACAACAAACGGGACUCAUUCCCCUGAGGAGUCGGACGACUCUGAAAGAGACGACGACCCACUGGCAACACCACCUGAUGGAGGAAGAGCAGCCUACACUCCGGGCUUGGAUGAAGGCGUGCCAAGACUAUAUACAGCACACCCUGAACAUUACGCGAACACUCCAGAGGAGCUUCAGGGGAUAUUGGACCGGCAAGAAGCGGACGCGGCUGCGGAAACGCAACCCCUCCUCAAGCCUGGAGGAAUUGGCACACCUUACAACACGUAGCGCACCGGUGUGGGUCCCGGCAGCCUUUUGCUGUGGUAUGUUGAAGCGCACCUCGACUACAGUACAAGGCACGGCUUGCGUCGAUUCAUGUUCUUGACUCGGUGCUAACCAUGGGCCAGCUUGGAGAAAUGCCCCUUCUAUUAUUUAUUCAAGAAGUAUAUUAUUUGUACAUGGCAGCUUUUUCUUCUUUUUUGAUAUUCGGCAUUUAUAUCGCGCAACGGUAAUUACAAACAACCAGGGUUCUUAUUUGAUGAUUUUACGUUUUCAACGCAUUAUUUCAGUUCGCGAACCAUCGAUCGGCCAGAUUGUCAAUGCCGUACCGAGCUAACCAUGGCCAACCAACAAUCUGAUUCAUUCGCAAUUACUUACUAUAAAAGGUGUCGGCAAAAAACGCCCUUCGAUUUUCUCAGAAGUUGGGACGACGGUUCCAGCAGGCAUUGGUGAUCAGCAGUCUCUGGGGUACCUAUGUAAUAGGAAUGAACAAAAACGCUCAAUCAAUAUAAACACCGAAGUGGUUUCCUC